CAACGAUGGAAAAGGGCAGUUACGUAAUUUAGAUGAGAAACAAAGGGUGAUUAUAAUAAGAUAAUCUCUUCUAUAAUACGAUGGGGGCUUCUUAAAAAUUCAGAGAGAAAAUAACAAGAACAACGAACAAGAGCCUCAAGAAAUCAUCAUCUCGAGAUUAUUACUAAACAAAUAAAAAGAAAGAAAGAUAUGGGUUACUGGAAAUCGAGGGUUGUUCCAACAAUGAAGAGAUUGUUCGAGAGGAGCCCAACAAAGAAGGCUCUUGGUGUUGAGGCUACCAAGACCUUUGAUGAUUCUAAGGAAACAAUCAUCAAGGAGAUUGAGGAGAAAAAGACAGAACUCCAACCAAAGGUCGUUGAAAUCUAUGAAGCCACGUCUGCUGAACUCAAGGCUUUGGUGAGGGAGCCUAAGGAGGAUGAUUUAAAGAAACACUCUGCCGAAGUGCAAAAAUUCCUCGAGGCACUUGUCGAAAUUGGAUUCCCUGGAUCAAAGGCUGCAUGUGAAAUUUUAUCUACUAGCUCUGGACCAGUAAUGUUCAUAUUUGAGAAAGUAUGUGUGUUUCUCCCGGUGGAGGAGAAGUCACGAGAGGUGGAGGUUGUGGAGGAAGUCGUGAAAACCGAAGAACCCGCCAAAGAAGGAGAAACCAAACCGGAGGAAAUUACAAGCGGUGAGAAAGAGAUUGAAAUAGUUGAAGAGAAGAAAGAAGAGGUUAAACCGGCACCGGUUUCUGUCCCGGUGGCUGCGGAGGAGAAGAAGCCAACCGUGGAAGAGGAGAAGAAGGCGGCAGUGGAGGAGAAGAAGCCAGCCGUGGAAGAGGAGAAGAAGGUGGAGGUGGAAGAGAAGAAGCCUGUGGAGGAGGUGAAAAAAGAAGUUGUUGCCGCAGCGCCGAUGGCUGAAAUUCCUUUGACCAAGGCCGCAGAAACUCCGGCCAAGGCUCCCGAAACUCCGGCGGCAGCACCACAAAAGGCUUGAAUUCUCUUCAUGGUAUAUUUUUUUAAAAUAUAUAUUGUUUGUCUUGGCGUGGAUAAUUUGUUUUGUUUGUUUAUUUUUUUAAUAUCCAUGUGAAUUUUCUAUACAUUAUUUCUUGCUUGAACUAUUUAAUUUAUAAUCCAUUUCUUACUUUUCUAAUAGUAAUUAAAGGUUCAGUAUAACUUUAAUAAAUUAAUAUUCGAUAA